AUUACGACUUCCUGCAAACACGCACUGUUCCUUAGCCAAUAUGGAGGCAACUUGACUAAAGCAUCAGGAUGAAAAGGGUGAAGGCUUGAAAAAGCAAAGAGGUCCGUCACAGGUUGCGGGCCCAUCCGCCAACGCCGAUCAAAGACGGCUUCGCCAUGUUGGAAGAGGACAGUGGUCAUAGCCUAGCACGACCGUGGCGUCGGUGAGUGUUUGGAUAAGAAGCGCUUGCAAGGCCACGCAAAGGAGCGGAGCGGCUAGGCGCGAGGACGGGAGACAGCGGCUUUACCGGUCAGCCAUGGAGAAUACGGCCCGGGCUUGCCAGCGUCUAAUUUGCCACCCGGUCCACGCUCAUUUGGAUGGAAAUUAACGCUGAAGGCCAAGACAAGCCGGGACAAGCCACCAGCCGACACCUGAGGGGGGAGGAACGCGAAGCGGACCCCAAGUCAAUGACUGUUGCGGCAGAGGAGCCGCCACCGUGGAGUCGGCCGGUUCCCAAAAUAUGACCAGGGGUGCUGGGACGUGUUGGCAGCAAGAUGACGACGACGGCUUCCAAAUCUGGCUAGAACCCCUCCGCGAGAACCAAAAGCCAUUCACCGACUCCGAGAGGGCGCAGAGAUGGCGACUGUCCUUGGCAUCCCUCUUGUUCCUCACCAUCCUCCUCUCUGAUCACCUGUGGUUCUGCGCAGAGGCUAAACUGGCCAGGACCCGUGAUAAGUUUGGCUCAUCCAGCCUCCUCUCCCGACAGACACACUCAGCACACAGCAGCCUCAGAGGAAACACAGAUGCUAUUUUUUUAGGAAACUCUAGCAAACAUUUGUGGCGACUGGAAACUUGCCACACGGAUAGUUUAUCGAAUACCUGCUUGACUUUCGCCGACGCCGACCAUUUGUGUAGGGUCCUCUCCAACAAAGAGAGCACGCCGGCUGUAAAUAUGAGCGAUUUAUACCUCUCCUUUUGUAAUUCCUACUCGCUGCGGGAUUUGUUCUACGGCUCCACAAGUCCGGACAAUUUAAACUGCAGCCUUGACGUGCUCGGGGACAGCGACACGACCCGAUGCAGUCUGUGUGUGCAGGCGUACCAGCGCUAUGACCAACAUGCCCAGGAGAAGUACGACGACUUUGAGCUCCUCACUUGGAAGUACGAGCCGGCCACGUAUUCGGUACGGACGUGCAUGGAGCAGUGCAAGACGGCCUAUAAGCCCUGGCUGUGUGCUCAGUAUUUCCCCACAACCCAGCAGUCAUGUCAAAGAAAGGUAUCGUGCCACCAGUACUGUCUGGAGGUUCAACAGAGCUGUCCAUUCAUCCUACCAGACAACGAUGACUUGAUCCACGGAGGCAGCCCCAGUUUCAUCUGCACAGGACUUCUGAGAGAGAAUCCAUCAGAGAGCGAAGCUGUGUGCUGUGACGUCCGAUGGGACUCAAAUGUGAAUGGCCCCUCAGGCGAGACACUCAAAAGGACUGCCUCCUCCUGCCAGCCCAAGGGGGCCUCAGUCACCUCCACCGCCAGCUCAAGACUGUGCAGUGGGCGGCUGAAAAUCUGCCUGCUGGCGCUCGUCCUCCUGCACACCGUCAUCAUUAUAUCGGUCUCUCAUAAUUCCACAUUGGCGGGCGUGGCUGUGACUCUUUUGCCAGAGAAGAGUGCCUCCAACAAGGACUGAACAUCAGAGUUGGAUGACGCUUGAGAGGUUUAUUGCUUUUGCAAAUGUCAUGUUGGGGAUACAUCUGAUGUUGGCAAUCACCUCUUUUAUCUGCUGCCAACAUGCCAUCCAGUACAGGAAGUAGGAGGGUUUAAUUGGAGUUUAGGUGGACCGAACUACCCCUCUAAAGCAUUGACCUCUUCCCACUUAAACCCUGCUCAUAGUUUCUAUUCCAUUCAUAGGUUUUGAGGAAUCUCGUCUCUCUUCCCUUCUUUCCCUCUGUUCAUUUUUCUCUGUUGUGUGUAUGGAUUGUAUGUCAAACUGGACAUCAAUCAAGUUUUUUACCAUUUAAUUUUAAAUGUGUAGAUUUUCAGCCACUCCGAGUCUUUUGACUUAUCCACACAAUUUCUCCUCCUUGCUACUUUGUAGUAACUCAUCCAUUCAUGUGGGUCUUCUUUCAACACAAAUUGCGUGCAAUUGUACUGGAUUCAACUUGGAGAUCUUUUCUUAGCCCGACCACCCCUUUGAUGACACAUGCCUCAACAGUUUGGGCCUUAAGUGCACUGAUACAAAAGGUAGCAGCGGCAAGCAGUGGGCAGCUGGCACUGUUAAAUUUACCUCAUGAUGGCACUGGUGUCUCUAAUGGGACAAAAAAGGAAAAACAGGACAGCUGCAUGAAGCCAAAAAAGCCCCAGGGGCCUCCUUUAUCAACUAUACAUGCACAAUUGCUCUUUAUUAAUAUUAUAGCCAAAAAGGCAGAAUCACCCUCAAAACCAACUCUAUGUCCAUCUUUUAGUUUGUACUUGAGUAAAUUUAUUUCUUAUAGUACACACACAUUUCAGCUUGUCUUUAGGCUCCACCCCCUUAGCCUACAGGGAUAAGGCAACAUAGUUUGUAGUGUAGAAGGUGUUCUUACAAGAAUUUAGUAUGUUUGGUACAUGAAGUUGAGCAUUCCAGCAGAAAUACUAUUCAGCAACAUGGCUGACAAUUACAUACAAUCCAUAUUUGACUAACCAAAUAAAACAAAAAUCAACCAACGCAAAAAGGUCAAGUACAUUUUCUUUUAAUUCCAGUACUGCAUGUUACUUUUUCCACAAAGAUCUUACUAAAUCCAGAUGUGAACAGAGUAAUAAAUUAACAUUGCAACAUUAUGGAACAGAAAAGGGUAGCGUAGUACCAUUAAUGUGUGCUAUUCAGACAAGUUUUAGAUUGUAUUCACUUUUUUUCAUUUGUUGGAUUUAGCUUGAUAAUUGAGACCCUAAACCGUUUACAGUUGCACGCACUUUUUUCCGCAGUGGUACGCAAUUUUACGUGCCAAUGAGUAAAAGGUUGUUAACAGGUGUGAAGUACUGUAUGUUUAAACAGUGCGGGGCUGCAUGCCCGUGAGCAAAGAAAUUUCGAAAUUUGUGGCACGCAUCAUUUCCGUGAACUAGUCGUGAAUGCAACGUGAACGCACCACAACCUAUGUGCAAACAAUGCGGCUGGUGCGUAUCAAGUGUACCUUUGCGUUUCUCAUUCACAUGAAGGGGUUAACUUUUCCACCACCUCUUCGAGCAAGUUGGGGGGAGGGAAUUCUCAAAUAAUUUCUAUUGCGUCUUGCAUCUUCCUUAUGAUUUUCUGUUAAUAAAUGAUCAUAACGACCAAAGUGAUGUCUUCUAGUCAGCAAUUCCCUCUACCACACUGUGUCUCUUUCCUGCUCUUUGCACAUUCUGUACCUGCAGCUGCAAGAAAAUAUAGAUUUACUUUUCCUUCAUUUGCUGGAGUUCAACAUCUUGUAGGUCUCUUGCAAACAGAGAAAUUAAUGAAGCAUGGGGUGAUGCCUCUGUUGCGCAAAUAAUGCCACCACCGCUUCUUGGAUACGGGAAGUGGUGAUGACACUGCAUACCCAUGAGAGAACAAUGCGUGUCACGCGUGCUUUUGUUGUGCACUAGAUGUAAACACUACGUGUCAAGGUGUAAAUAUGUUGUGCGGGAGUGUGGUCAUUUCGUGCCAAAUCGCAGCAAUUUUGGCCAUGAAUUGUGUGCCGUGUGUAAUUUAUGCAUAAACAGAACGCAAAUAGUGCACAAAGUAAUCUCACUUUUCAGGAAUGCCAUAAAUAAAUGACACGUAUUGCUAUGGCAAAUUGCGGGACAAUGCGGAGGCAAAAUGCGUGCAAGUGUAAACGUCACUUAUGUUGGACAACCUUAGUUAGGCUAUUACUGGCAAUGGAGCAAUACAUUUAAAAAAUAAACAAAACCAUAGUCUGUUUCCCAUCCUUAAACAAACUGAUGACUCAGAUGAGCUAAAGGCUGAAUUGGCAUCGGCAUGUGAGGAGACUUCAAGGGCUGAUCCAUCCCACUUGUAUGUUUUUUUUUUAUAUUUCAUUUGAAAUUUAUUGCUAUCUCAAGGCAGAAUACUCCUGAAUAUAUCUGUCAUUUUUUGGUUGAAUGAAAUGUAAGGUAAUGCUGCUCCACUCCAGUCCUGUAGCUGCAGAGCUCCAUUUGCAGGAUCUGGUUUGCCCCAAAGCAAGUGGACUGUAACAGUGAAACAUAGACAUAUAUGAAUUGCAACUUUAUUUGGAUGCAAAUAAAUAUACAUUUUCAGGAGCAAAAAAUAAUGCACUAUCACAAGAAUUUGUAGGUUUAAGAGAAAAAAGUCAUGUACACUUGCACUUACAGUUAUUCAAAACUCAUUGUAAAUUGUAUUUAUUUGUAAAGUUUAUAAACUUUGCAAUAAACCAAAAACAAAAUAAAUGUAAAUAGUUCAAAACAUACAAUAUUGCAAAUGGUCAUUAUCUUUUUUUAAUUGAUCAUCUCUUGAAAGUUUGUACAUUUUGAAAAUAAAUGUCAUUUACUAUGGGGGCCGAAUAAUUUCAAGUGCAAUUGUAUGGAAGGAACGUAAGUUGACAAUAAACGGAGGUUGCUUAUUUAAGACUGCUUGUUAAGUGGUAACAAAAAUAGAUACGGUAAAUGGACUUUUUUCUCAUAAUUACACUUCAUAAAUCUGUGACUCUACCACAUUUUUUUUUCUUUUCAGUGUCUCCCUAAUACAAAACAGUUUUGUCGUCCAAUCUAGUUUGUGAAUGAACAGCUGGAGACUUGUUUUCACUGACUUUUUUUUCUUUUUUUACUUUUUGAAAACUGUACUCGGUCUAGCUGCGACCACCCAACUCCCUCCUGCCUUCCACCUUGUUCCUUGUCUACAAAACAGCCAGUGAUGUCACUCAUAGCAAAUGAAGUCAUGUCCAUACUUCUCGUUGAUUUUCAAGGCUGUUCAUAGACUUUAAAGACCUGACCCCCAUCACCCACUCCUGUCUGAUCCCUCUUAUUGGAGUGACGUGUGAUUUUGUUUUUUCCUGGAAGACAGCAGUGGAUGUAUUAGUUUCUCUGUAGUUGUUCAUGUUCUGUGGAUCUAUGCAGAAGAAUCCCACCGAUCACCAGGACCAAACACCUUCUUCUCCUGCUUUCUGUUGUAAAUAUGUCCCAAAAAAUUGCCCAUUCGCCUUGCAGACUCACAUCCUCUCCCCUUCCCCACCCACUGUUUAAAUCCCACUGUGUUUUCUGUUGGCUUCCUUGUUUUUUGUCUGCUUUGGAGAUUUUUAUUGCCGCAUUUUUCUGUUGUCUACUGCAGUGGUGUGAGUUGAUGAGUAGGACUAAGCUGGAUGUUUAAAAAGAUGCGAUGAAGAGGUUGUGAGAAAAACAUACAAAAACCACUUGAAUUGAGAAAAGGGUUCAAAUAUAGAGAAAAAAAAUAUUAUAAUGUUGUCAAAUUGUCAUACUAGAGAUGCUUUAGUUUGCUAUUUUCCUUUUUUUUUCUACAAAAGACUGAAAUUAUUUAUAAAGUGCGUCCUACACGUCAUUAUCUUUUUUGGACGUAAAACAAAUGUAUUUAUUAACAUUUUGUUGAAAAGAAAAUAAAUCUAAAUUAUGUUACACA